AUUGUCCCGCAUUUUUGUUAUGAGGUGAAAACCACAGUACGCCAUCUUCGAUGUGAAAUAGAGCUCAAUAUUUUUUUACACAAUACAGCUUCAGUCGAAACCAAAGUCAAAAAUGGUUGAUUAAAUAUCGCACGAUUCAUGAAAUAAAUUUACUGUGAUUUUUAUCUUAUAAUUCAUGACAUAGUAUUGGAUUAAUUGCAAAAACGGUGGAGUAUGAUAAACGAGGAAACAAUCGAUGGUACAUCGUAAAAUGGACGUGGCCCAGGUCACGUGGUUAUGACUUGUUCAGUGAUUUUCUCGAUUUCUUUGGUUUAACAUGACAUUUAUGAAAGUAAAAAGGAGAAACGAGAAUUAGCAAAAGCCAUUUAAAUCGAAAGAAAUUUAAUCUUGUAAAGAGAAGUUCAAUUUUUACAGUGCAAAGUGCGUGUGAACUUGCUCAUCAUAAUAACGUCACGUGUUUAUUGUUUAGGUCAUAGAUUCAUUUAUAUUUUUCGACAAGUGUAUAUUUUAUACUUUAGUAUUGUUACAUCAUUUUAUGGAUGAUUGUUGUUGUUAGCUUUGUUUUGAAAUUUACAGACCGGGUUUUUGCCUGUGCGAAAUGAGCUGCCUAGUCAAGUUCUUUCAAGCAUGAAAUAUACAUGUCACCAACUGUGUCCUUGAGACUAUGUUGUAUAGCGGCCAUGGCUCCUGCUCUUACGGAAUCAACCAGCCAGUCUAGAAUACAGCUGCCUGGUAGCCCACCACCAGUGGUGUCAGAUUGUCCAGCACGAGUUCAAAAGCUCUGUAGUAAAAAAUUGUCAAACACAGACAUUUCAUCAGUGAAGGAAAAAAUCUCAAGAUCACUUUCAUCAGAAUUGCAAAACACAGCUAGGGGGCUUUUGAAACCUAUACAAGGAAACACUGAUUCUUCUCAAGGAGUACUGAGUGAACACAUAAAAAAGGGUCUGCAUAGCUUGGGACUUCCUCCAAAUUUUCAAGACCUACUUGAACAACUGGCAUUAGCAAAGUCUGAAGCAGAUACUCAAAUCGAUCAUCAUUUGAAGGUGUUAGAAAAGAAAAUGAAUCAACCUUCUGAAAAUGAAACAAGAUCAGAUCUGCACAUUUUAAAGCGAAACAUAUUAGUGAGUGAAAAACCUUUGAAUGGACAUUCAAGCAAACACAGUGAUUUAAAUAAGUGCUUAAAUUAUACACAUACAAAUACAUUUAACUCCAAUAAAGUACAAGAUUCUCAAAACACUGCACUUGAUUUAAGAAAGUCACCGAAAAUGUGUUUAAAUGUUGUGACAACUUCUCAACCAGUUCCUGAUCGAAAUACAUUGGGGAGUGGCAUACAAGUAAGCUAUGGAAAUAGAAUCCAUGUUGUUCCACAGGAAUUGAGCAUUGAGGUAAAGCCUAUCAAUAUUAAAGAAUUAACAAGGAAAGAAUAUCUUCUUGAAAGGAGGUGCCAAUUUCUCAUGAGAAGGUUACGAAGACUUCAGGGUAAACAUUUGGAAUCACAAGCUAAGCUACAGCUUAAGGCUUUUGUUGAUUUUCAGCAUCAUAACUUACAAUCUGCUGCUUCUAAAGCCAUCAGACCAUUUGGUGAUCUUCCAAACACCUUAUUUAACAGCAGUGAUGUGAAAAACUUGUCAACAUCAAAUUUGGUCACUUUGGUCCGUAAACUCCAAGCUUCUCAGCCAAAACAUGCAUUUGAAGCAAGUAAAAAAUGUGAUUCUAAAAAAAGUGUUUUGAUUAUGGACCAGAGUGUAUCAUCAGAGUCAGAAAAAAAAUCAAGUCAGCUGAGGAGAAAUUUGCGCCACUGGAGUGAUGUUGUUGAUACUGAUGUAACAGAAAGCAGUUCUGGUGGUGAAAGUUGUGAGGAAUGGGAGGAUUGUCCAUUAAUAUCUGACAAAAAAGUACCAAUGCCAUUAUAUAAACGUGCAGAGUGGAAAUGGUCUGUUGAUAGAGCAGCUAUAGUGGCAAGAUGGACAUGGUUACAAGCACAAGUUUCAGAUCUUGAAUAUCGUAUUAGACAGCAGAGUGAAAUCUAUAAAACAAUUAGAACUAGUAAAGGUGUUGUAAGUUUAUGUGAUUCAACUUCAUCUUUAGGACCAAAUGGGGAUGCUGCAUCUAAAAUGUUGCAUGAUACCUCACCAGCAAGUGUUGCAACAUUAAUGAUCAAUGUAAAUAAGCAAGCUUCAAAGUUGUCCCAAUCUCUUGGAAAUAGUCUUUCACCAGCCCAUUCUGCAGGACUGGGCAAUAUGAAUAAGAAUUCUGCAAAAUCUUUGAAUGGACUUGUGGAUGGAUCCCAUCAAGACUCAUCCAGUAAUGUAUUUUCUUUGCAGAUAGGAACAAAUGAAAAGGCAGCAAUUGAAAAUUCUAGUGGAAAGAAUUCUCCAGUUUUUGGUCAGCCAUUAGAUGCUUCUUGUGUUGCAGCAAGAUGUAGACCAGUAAAAUUCUAUAGAAAACGUAAACUUCUUUACACUGCUGGCUUACAUCAAGUAAAUCACAAAGCAGCACGUUUAUCUAGUGUGAAAUGUUUAUGUUACCCUCCUGUGAUGCCAUGCCCCAUGUGUGGGGGUCGAUAUAAUAAUGUACAAAAAUUUGAUGCAGAAUGUAUGCCUAUUAUGGAGAAGGUGUCCUUGUUGGAUCCAGCUUUUCAUCCUGUACUGUCUUUCCCACAAGAAAUUGGGUUACCUAUGCAUUUUGAAGCUCUGUUGAAAAGUGGUGAAUGGCAAAGUUUGAAAUCACAACCGAAAGUCACCAUGAGGGCAAUGGCUGCAGAAAAACGGCGACAGAAGAUAUUGAAUGCCCAGAUAAAGGAGCAGGCAAGAAAGAAUAAUCGCAAGAAGUUUAACAAGACUGCUGCAGCUGUUCUUUUAACAUCAGCCAAAUUACGCAGCAAGUACGAUGGAAAAUCUCCAAAUAAAAAGUCCAAGAAAGUUACUGCAGAAACCAGAAUGCGUAGGAAGGAACUUAAGAGACGAAGAGCUGCACAAUUCGCAAUUGCAGCUUUGAAGAAGUCUAUGAUGAAUCAGGACACAGAUAUGGAUAGUUUGAGUACACUAAGCCAGACACCAACACAUUCUCCACAAAUGAAAGAUGGAAUGCUGUCACUAAGUGCAUCAUCUGGCAUGCUAAAAGAUCAAAAGGAAUACAGAAAGAAGAGGUUUGAGAAUGCAUAUGAUAUUAAUAACAUUGUGAUUCCAUACAGUAUGGCUGCCUCUACAAGAGUGGAAAAACUCCAGUAUAAAGAAAUUCAGACUCCAAAAUGGAGAGAGCUUGAUCAGACAGAGCAACAUGUUGAUCUGCAGGAAGAAGAAGAGGUGGAAGAUAUGACAGAUGAGGCAUUCAUUGACAGACAUGAAUCUAUGGAAGCUGAAGAGAGAAAAAGAUUCCGAAACUUCAUUACAUACCCUCCUGUACGACGUGGACGACUAUCACGAGAAAGUGAAAGUAAUACAUUAGAUACUUUUUCACCUGAUUGCAAUCUGAAUGAGAUCCCUUUACAGACAGAUGGUGCCAGCUAUUUGUCUUUCAUUCAUGAGGAGCGUCGACGAAGUGGUUCUACUUCUCGUAAAUCAACAACAUUUGAUGAUUUAAAAGAUUAUGAGUAUUAUGAUAUGGAACAUACAGACCCAUGGCCAGCCAGGUUGUUCCCUUUGCCAGAAGAUGUGUAUGAAGAAAUGAAGAUUGAACAGAAUCAAAUUAGCUCUACAAGGAAUAGGUACAGGCGACCAAGAACAGUGAAAGUUCAGGAUGACCCUAGCAUGGAGUUUAUAAGUCCAGACUUUGAGCAGUUAGACUCUGUCACAUUUGCUGCCUCUCCAGCACCAAGUGGUACUUCAACUUCUACAUGUGAAGAUGACAAUGAUCCAGAAUGGAAUGAGAAUAGAGGAGACAGGAGAUCAUCAAUUAGUAUGAAACAUUCAAAGAGAUGAGAAUAAGACAAGUUACAAAAAAGGAUACUCUGUAAGUUGUAAUGUUGUCAAAGUCAAAGACAGAGAACUAUUAGUUUAACAGAAGCAUUUGUUUUCGAAAAAGAAGAUAUUUUACUGACUGAGGUGAUAAAAGAGGAGAUUUUAAAUGUAACAUUUAAGUGAUAGAAAAAGAUGAGAAAAGAGUUUUUUUAUUAAAAUACAUUUUCAUUGAUGAAAUAUGGUUGGAUUAUUUGAUAUCAGUGUUUUGGUGGAGUAUUUCCUCAAAUAUAGUUUUAAUAGUAGGAAAAACAUUGUUAUAUGUUUGUUGUUUGGCUCAUGUCAGUUUUUGUGAUUGCCAGGUGAUCGUUGUCGUUAUCUACAGUAUCUUCUCUAUAACUAUUUGGUAAAUUUUUACUAGAACUCACAGAAAUGAUUUUUAGCUCAUUCUUUUAAAAAUGUGCAUGCAUAUUUCUUGUCUGAAAAAUGACUUGAAUUAUUCAGAUUUGUUUGGUAUGGAAAAGCUGUAAGAAUGAUGCAAAUUUUAGUUAUUUCUAAAUAAGGAUAGUUUAAUAAAUAUUGACUAAACUGAGGAUACAGUCGAGACUGCCUUAGCGACCCCCUGAUUUCAACGACUCCCUGUCUUAUCCGACCUUGUUUCAGUCCUCCCAAGGUAUUUUCCUAUAUAAAUGGUCUGAAUUAUACAACUCCCUGUCAUAUGUGACAAGCGACCCUAAUUGUCUGGUCCCAAUGCAUUGCUUUGUCUGAUUCACACCUUUUAAUUUUCCGUUAAUCAGAUAAAUAAUACCUGUUUUAACACCCAGAGGGGCAAAAUAGUUAAGUCCAAUUAUAAUCCAGUAGUCAGUACUCUUUAAACAAACUCUACACACCUCUGCCUCAAUUAUACAGUUUACAGGUAUCAAGUGACCUAGCAUCUACUGCCUACUGCCAAAUAUGGUAAGCAUGAUGCAAUUGAUUUGUGUUAACAAAUUGAGGUGUCAUGAACAUAAUAACCUUAGUAAACCGGAUUAAGACUUGUUUCAAAUUUAAAAAAAAUAUGGAGUGUCAGAAGAUUUUUUUAGACGGCAUUUUUUUAAAUUUACCUUUCUAUGGCUGCAUGAAUAAUACGGAAAAAAUGUUGAUACCAGACCACAAAAACCAUUGGAUAUGGAUAUGUUUUUUAAAGUAUGAUAUUUAUUUUAAGGAUUUGAAUGCAUCACAUUCAAGUUAAUUUGUACCAUAAUGAUUCAAUAUAAAUCUAAUACAAAAAAUAAAAUUAAAUUUUAUAUGAUAUACAUGCGAUUAUAUUUGCUUUACGUAUAAAGUACCUAUGUUUAUUUGCAAUUGGUUAGAUAUUAUUCCUUCUCACAGUAAUAUAUAUGUUGAGUCACAAUAAUAUAUAGACAGAUAGAUGGUAUUUUAAUUUUCUAGUGACUGUAUUAAGAGACUCCCUGUCAUUUAUGACCUUUUUCUGAAGGUCCCUUGGAAAGUCACAUUUGACAGUCUCGACUGUAUAUUUAACACCACUUUCUGAUGGUGGCGGACAUUUGCCUCUUGUAUGUUUUUAAACGGCGAACUUUGACCCCCUUAUAUUUUAAGAAGUUUGAAGGGUGGACAUUUCCCCCACCUCCCAACCUAUAUAUAACGGUGGUUCUACUUCACGUGCCAGUUCGUGCCUGAAAUCAUGCACGGAAGGGCUCCUGAGGUCUUCCUCCAACAGAUAAGCUGCAACAUCGCGAUAUGACCUAUACUGUGUCGAUGUAAAACCCAAAAACAAAACAAAAAAUAUAUAAAGGUGUUACUACUGUUUUCGUUAUGUAAGAGUUCCGCAAAAUAGAUUUAACAUAAUAAAUUAAUUAGAAAUAUGUUCAGUGGUUUUGAAUAAGAGUCUCAAUUUUAUUAUAUGCAUUAAAUCAUAAUUUUUAGCUCACCUGUCACAAAAUGACUUGAGUGUUUUUGAUCGCUUUUCGUCCAGUGUCCGUCUGUCGUCCCUCUGUAAAAUUUUACUUUAAACGACAUCUAUUAAACCACUAAGCCAAUUUUAUUCAAACUUUUCAGGAAUGUUCCUUGUGUGGUGACCUUUUGAAAUUGUUUAAGAAUUCAUUGAAGGACUCUGGUUGCCAUGGCAAUGGAAAGAAAAAAACUUUCAGCUAGAGCUUAGAUGUUUAGCAUGAAAUAUCUUCUAGUGGGUCUCUACCAAAUUGUUCAAAUAAAAGCCCUUGGGUCAAAGUUGGCCCCAUCUCAGGGGUCAUUGAUUUUCCUUAUACAUGUAUGUAUAUAGUAAAAAAAAAACUCCUUCUUUUAAAAAACCCAAAGAACUAGAAUAGAUAUUUAAUAUGAAACAUAUUCUAAUGGUUGUCUUCAAAUAAAAUCCCUAGGUCAAAAUUGGCCCCGCCCCAUGGAGGUAAUUGAUUUUCCUUAUAUGUAUAUAGGAAAAGAAACAAAUGUUCUAAAAAAAUAAACUAAAACAUGUUCUAAUGGGUGUCUACCAAGUUUGUUCAAAUAAAAGCCCUUGGGUUAAAAUUGGCCCUGCCCUGGGCCGUCAUUGAUUUUCUUUAUAUAUAUAUAGUAAAAAAUAUUUUCUCUGAAUUGACCAAGGCUAGAGGUUAGAUAUUUGUUAUGAAACAUUGUGUAGUAGACCUUAAAUUGUAGUCAUUGGUUAAAAGUUGGGCCCGCCUGGGGAGUCAUUGAUUUUCCAUAUAUGUUUAUUGUACAAAUAAAAAAAAAACA